AUGUCUUCCUCGCCCUCCUCCCCCGCCGAGGCAGUCUCCCACAUCGCCGAAAAGAUUCCCACCUCCGCCCAGGAAGCCAAAGAGACCGCCCAGGCCGCUGCCCCCGCGGCGCAGUCCUCGCUGCUCUCCCAGCUGCGCGCCCUCACGGCCGGCGGCUUCGGUGGUAUCUGCGCCGUCGUCGUCGGCCACCCGUUCGACCUGGUCAAGGUGCGCCUACAGACGGCCGAGCGCGGCGUCUACUCCAGCGCCAUUGACGUGGUGCGCAAGUCGGUCGCGCGCGAUGGACUCAGGAGGGGCCUGUACGCCGGCGUGAGCGCGCCGCUGGUUGGCGUUACGCCCAUGUGUAUGUCAAGUUCCUCUCUUUUCGUGCUGUGUGCAUGUGUAUCUGGUGUCGCCGUCUCCUUCUGGGGCUACGAUCUCGGCAAGCAAAUCGUCGGCGCCACCUCGACCAUCGGCCCCGAUGGCCUCUCGACCGGCCAGCUCGCCGCCGCCGGCUUCCUCUCCGCCAUCCCCAUGACCGCCAUCACCGCGCCCUUUGAGCGCGUCAAGGUCAUCCUGCAGGUCCAGGGCCAGAAGCAGCUCGCGCCCGGCGAGAAGCCCAAGUACAGCGGCGGCCUCGACGUCGUGCGCCAGCUCUACCGCGAGGGCGGCCUGCGCUCCGUCUUCCGCGGCAGCGCCGCCACCCUCGCCCGCGACGGGCCGGGAAGCGCCGCCUACUUCGCCGCCUACGAGGUCAUCAAGAAGAAGCUCAGCCCGACGGACCCCGUGACCGGCAAGCCCACCGGCCAGCUGAGCUUGACGGCCAUUACCUGCGCCGGAGCCGGUGCCGGCGUGGCCAUGUGGAUUCCAGUCUUCCCCGUUGAUACCGUCAAGUCUCGUCUGCAGACUGCCGAGGGCAACGUCACUAUUGGAGGCGUCAUUCGCGAACUGUACGGCAAGGGCGGCUACAAGGCCUUCUUCCCUGGCUUUGGACCGGCGCUCACUCGUGCGGUGCCUGCGAACGCUGCUACGUUUUUGGGCGUUGAAUUGGCGCACCAGGCUAUGAACAAGAUGUUUGGUUCGAAAUAG